AAACAACCGACACCAUCCAUAUCAUGGCUGCAAAAAAUAGAAGGAAAAGAGAAGGUUUAGAAAAACUUUUCAAUCGUCACGCAAAGUUUCCCUGGCCUUCUCAAUUGGCCGCGUUCCGUCCCAAGGUGCCGGGAACCAAAAACGCGUCACCUUGGCGGACCGGAGAUGCCAGUUUUUAUCAGGGUAUCAUGAUGCACUUCUCCCCCACCUCCUUCCUCCUCGUUCCAGCGCAAGUGGUAGAAGUUCUCUUCAAGAAAUUUUGACGACUGCCGGGUUCCUAUUCCUGGUUAUACCUUUGAAGCAAGGGAUCCGAUCGAGCAGCUAGAUUUAGUGAUCCAGAGCACGACGAUGAAGAGGGGAUUCUUGAAGCCCCUACGCUACAUCUCCCAGAUGUUCGAUGGCAAAGAACAAGAAAUGCAGAUAGGGUUUCCCACGGACGUCAAACACGUGGCACACAUUGGAUGGGACGGGCCCAACAUGAAUGCUCCCAGCUGGAUGAAGGAUUUCCACUCGGCGCCAAUCGGUACAAUUGGUCCAGAUGGGAAUGCAAAUCCCACGGCUUGGGGGUCUCAAGAUUUCAAUGCAGGAAUCGAUGACAAUCCAUCGGGCGAGAUGAUGCCGAGACGCUCCCGACGUUCAGGCGAGCCCACGAUGGGAGAGUCCCCCGACAAUGCCUCACGGCACCGCCACUCGCGGCGGCACCAGUCCGAAAGCACCGUUUCCGUCGACUCCUUCAAUCGCGAGCAGCCCUCCGAUGGCUCUCGGAGGGGCAGUAGGAGGUCACGCAAGAAGGACGGCGACUCCGCAGCUGCCGUUGGUGGGGACCUGCCGGCAAUUCCCAAACAGUCGCGUCGGAGAUCCAAGGGCUCAGGCUCUGUGAGCAGCGGCGACUCCAUUCGAGCGUCCAGAUCCAAGAACCCAGCAUCGGCGUCGGAGAACGUGACCCAAGAGAGGGCCACCAGACCGCCCUCGUCCGGAAACAGGAAGCCUGCGGUGGAAGGAGAAGAUUAUUUGAUUUGAUUUUAUUUCCAAAGCAUUUUUUUUCCUUUUUUUUUUUUUCAUGUUUGGAUCUUGUUGUGGGGCGAGCGGUCACCGUAUCAACGAUGGUCCUCUUACAAGCAUUGAGAUCGGACAGUCCAGUUGGAUUGGGGGAAAAAUAAUUACAAUGGCCUUGAAAUUUGAGAUAAUUAUAGAUCCCCAUUCAACUUUUUAAAAAUAUAUAUUUUAUUAUUUAAUAUUUAUUAAACACAUGAUAUGUAACUCCUUACUAAUAACUUUCUGUUAAAUAAGCUAA